UUAGCCGAAAACACGACUAGAUCCCGUUUAGAUCUUCUACAUUCAAAGAUGGAUUUUAUUUAUUGCAUUAUUCUUUUCUUAUGUUUUAUCAAAAUAAACAGAUCCCAGGAUAUAGCUUUCUUCCGGUGUAACAACGAUACAAAAACUCUGCAGUUUGUGUUCUACGGUCAGCCAGAUAAAUUUUAUGAUUUCUACGCCGAAAACAAAGGGUCAACGUGUGGCUAUAGAUCAGGCGCGUUUGUUGGGACGGGCUCAUUUAGUGACGCCUUCAUCUUGACCAUCAACCUCAGCCAGGGGCUGCAGGCCCAGAGCCCAGAUUGUGGCGUCACGCAGUCGUCCGACAACACGGUCAGUCUGGUGGUGGUGGCCCAGUCCUCGUGUGCUGGACCAAGCUCAACUGACCAGCGUUACGUCAGCUCUUGUAGGAUGGUCAUCCCAAGUCCUGCUCCAAAUGUGAUCAAAGGCAACGCGUCCUACGCCUGUAUAGCGCCAUCUACAAUACAGUUGACCUACUUCCGGCCGGCACCGGAGCAAAUCCCCCCAGCAGACGUUUACGCCAUAGGCAAUAAAACCACUUGUUCAAAGUCGAUUGGAACCGGAUAUGGACAGGGCUUAGAGAGUAGCCCGUAUGUGAUGAGGAUUGAUGCGAGCACUUCCGGGACUAGUUGCGGAGUUCUGAACACGGGCCCAAGUGUGUACAGUGUGGUGGUGUACGUCCAACAGUACCCAACGGUUCUCACAUCGGAGGACUCCGCCUACACUUUAACUUGCAACUUUACAGCAGCCUCGAUGGUCAUCAUAGGGAGCCAGAUACUCUCAGCUACAGUCUCCCCACCCCCCGUCUCACCCCCUCAGCGCACGACAGCCGCCUCGCUCUCUGUGGUGUCAGGGUCCAGCUCCUCAGGCUUGAGAACCAUCGUCGUGGGGGAGCAGAUUCGCCUUGUAGCACAGCUGCUGGACAGCCCUGCAGUGGGACUCAGAAUAAUCUCGUGCAACGCUAGCCCAGGCCCAGGACUAUUACCGGUGAUUCAAGUACUUAACUCUAGCGGGUAA